GGGAGGCCCCUCCCACCCCGCGAGAGAGCAGCCUGGACCCAGGAAAGGGGAGCCAGGCCUGGAAAGAGGGGGGCCUGCCCUGUUCCCCCCAAUUUGGGCAAUGGACUUUGCUUCAGAUGGAGAAGGGAAGAGCUUCUUCAGUCCUGAUGGAGCCCAGAGUGAAGAUGGAGGAGCUAAACCAGAGCAGCCCUGAAGGGGGAAAAGAACCCCAUGAGAUGUGGGGCAGGAGAAGGGUUGGGUUACCAAGCAGAAUGGGCCAAGAUGUCCUGGGUGAGAUGGCCUUCAGCGCAGAUUUUCGGGGCCAACACUUCCGACAUUUCCGCUAUGAGGAGGCCUUGGGGCCCCGAGAGGUGUGCAGCCGCCUCCACUCUCUCUGCCGCCUGUGGCUGAAUCCUGAGCGACACUCCAAGGCGGAGAUGCUGGACAUGGUGAUCCUGGAGCGAUUCCUGGCCGUCCUUCCUGCCGAGAUGGAGCGCUGGGUGAGGGAAUGUGGGGCAGAGACCAGCUCCCAGGCCGUGGCCUUGGCGGAAGGCUUCCUCCUGAGUCGGGCCCAAGAGGAGAAGGCGCUGCAGGAAGAGCGACAGGAGAGAGAGGUCCUUCAGGCCCAGGAGGCCCCAGCAGGCACCAGCCAGGGCUUCUCUUCCAGGUGGAGCAAGCUGAAGGAGGAGAAGGAGGACACAAGGGCUGCUCCACCAGGAGAUGAGCCAAGGAUGCUGGGAAGAAGCAAUAGUUCAUCUCUUUGUGGUGCAGGAGAAAUAGCUUCUGUGGAACAAGAUCAGGUGACUUUCGAAGAUGUGGCUGUGACUUUCAGUGAUGCUGAGUGGGCUCUGCUGAAUCCGGAUCACCAAGUCUUGUACAAGGAGGUCAUGGAUCAGAAUUAUCAGAUGGUGGUUUCUUUCGGUGGAGAUGGGCUGCAAACAGACAGAUGUGUAGAGGAGAGCAUAAUAACGGAAGCAGAGGAAGAUAGACGGAGCCAGCACCCUGCCAACUGUGAUUAUAUCACAAAACACAUAGAGCAAGCACAACCAAAAAGCCAUCUAUCAGAAGAAACAUUUAAAUUUAGUAAACAUGACAAGUACAAUCAUCAUCACUAUCCAUAUACACACCUGGAGUGUGGGAAAAGCUUCCAUCAAAACAGAGCCCUCAGUAGGCACCACAAAACCCACACGGGAGUGAAACCAUAUAAAUGCCUGGAGUGUGGAAAAGCCUUUGUUUACAAGACAAGCCUCGUAGGGCAUGAAAUGAAUCACAGAGGAGAGAAACCCUAUCAAUGCUUGGAGUGUGGGAAGAGUUUCAGCUACAAAUCAGUCCUUAAAAACCACCAGGAGAGGCAUAAAGAAGAGAAACCAUAUAAAUGUCUGGAUUGUGGGAAAAGCUUUCAUCGUAAUGGAGACCUCAGCAGACACCAGAAAAUCCACACGGGACAGAAGCCAUAUAAAUGCCUGGAGUGUGGGAAAUGCUUUACCGAAAAGAGAAGCCUCAUACGGCAUGGAGUGAUUCACAGAGGAGAGAAACCCUAUCAAUGCCUGGAGUGUGGGAAGGUCUUCAGUUACAAAUCACGCCUCAAGAGUCACCAGAAUAGUCAUAUGGAAGAGAAAUCCUACACAUAUCUUCAGUGUGAGGAGAAUCUCGAACCAGUCCUUAAAAAUCACCAGGAUAGGCAUACAGAAGAGAAACCUUUCAAGUGUUUUGACUGUGGGAAAAGCUUCCAUCGUAAUGGAACGCUCACUAGGCACCAGAAAACCCACACGGGAGAGAAACCACAUAAAUGCCAGGUGUGUGGAAAAGCUUUUAUUGACAAGACGAGUCUCGUAGGUCACGAAAUGAACCACAGAGGAGAGAAACCCUAUCAAUGCCUGGAGUGUGGGAAGAGCUAUAGCUUUAAAUCAGUCCUCAAAAACCAUCUGGAUAGGCAUGCAGGAGGGAAACCAUACACAUGCCUGGAUUGUGGGAAAAGCUUCCAUCAUAAUGGAGACCUUAGUAGACACAAAAAAACCCACAUCGGAGAGAAACCAUAUAAAUGCCUGGAGUGUGGGAAAGGCUUUACUAGAAAGAGAAGUCUCGUACAACAUGGAAUGACUCACGGAGGAGGGGAGUCGUAUCAAUGCCUGGAGUGUGGUAAGGGUUUCGGCUGCGAAUCACACCUCAAUCGUCACCAGAAGAGUCAUACAGAAGAGAAACCAUACAUAUGCCUGUAUUGUGGGAAAAGCUUCAAUCAUAAUGGAACCCUCAUUAGGCACCAAAAAACUCACACAGGAGAGAAACCGUACAAAUGCCAGGUGUGUGGAAAAGCUUUUAUUGACAAGACGAGUCUCGUAGGUCACGAAAUGAAUCACAGAGGAGAGAAGCCCUAUCAGUGCCUGGAGUGUGGGAAGGGUUUUAGCUUCAAAUCCGUCCUUAAAAACCACCGGGAUAGACAUACAGAAGAGAAACCAUACACAUGUCUUGACUGCGGGAAAAGCUUUCAUCGUAACGGAGACCUUAGCAGGCACAAAAAAACCCACACGGGAGGGAAACCAUAUAAAUGCCUGGAGUGUGGGAAAGGUUUUAGUCAAAAGAGAAGUCUCAUCGGGCACGAAAUGAAUCACAGAGGAGAGAAGCCCUAUAAAUACCAGGAAAGUCAUACAAAACAGAAAUCUUACACAUACCUUCUUGGAGAUUCGGCAGAGGCUGUUCCAUGUGCUGAGUCUUCCAUGGGGACCUGCACAUUUCCUGACGACAACCUCUGUUGUACCUCUCCUUGUUCUGAGGCUGGAGAGACCUUCAAGUUGAUUCUGUAACUACAAACUUACAGAGUUAUUCCUGGCCCUUCACCUUCUGUGUGUAAUAUUCCUCCAAGGGUCUACUCCUGGGAAGCCCUGGCCAUUGAAUGUGCUAACUGGAGGUCAGCUGUGACCAGCAGUGCUGCAGAAUUCGAAGAGGCACGAAUGGAGGGCAAAAGGGAGAAAUGUGCCAAGAGGAAGGCGCGUCAAGCCAACUUUGACCUGGACUGCCUUCCUCCUCGAAACCAAUGUCCUUACUGCGGGAAAACAUGCAGAUCAAGAAUAGGGCUCCACAGCCAGCAGCAGACCUACCGCCAAGACACAAUACUUGGAGGACCAUCAUCCUUGAGCUACGAGGGAUCGCCUAACUCAACUCAUAGAAUGCUGAUGUGGGUGGGAUGCAUAGGGAAAUAUGGAGGGCCACAGUUUGUGGAUGCCUGGUCUACACUAUAUCUAAAACUGAAGUAGACCAGAAGUCCUGCCUUCCACCUGGAAACCAAUGUCCUCACUGUGGGAGAAGAUGUGGAUCAAGAAUAGGGCUCCACAGACACCUAUGGACCCAUCGCCAAAACACUACAUGUGGAGACCAUCAUCUUCAGGCUACGAGGAUCGCCUAAUGCAACGUAACAUAACUACUCCUGUGUUUGGGGUGUGACCUCCUCCUCAGACAGAUCCGAUGUGUAUUUCUCCUGUAAGACAGUCUGCUCUGCUAGAUUCAAGGCAACCUCUUCCUUCUGUCCUAGGCCCAGUGUUAUUCCACAUCCUCAUUCAUGGUUUGGAUGAAGGUUUAGAGUAGGCAUGUGCCAUGGUUCUAAAUAGUUCUAAAGUACUUACAAAACUAAAGUUCUGGUGGUGAAAACUAGGGGAUGCUGGUGCUUUGCUUCUACAGUGUUGCUAAAGUUCUGGUGGUGAAACUUUCAGAACUCUAACACAACUUUCAAAAUUUCAUUAUAAAUGGCAGUUCCUAAUAGGUUCUGUCCUAAUAGGCAGUUCCUAAUAGGUUCUGUCAUAAAGAUCACCAAUAAUGAAAUAAUAAUGACAUUUUGAAAGUUUUGUUAAGAGUUCUGAAAUUUUCACCACCAGAACUUUAGCAACACUGUAGAAGCAAAGCACCAGCACCCCCUUCUCCCUUCUUCCUAGGCAUAACCCAACCAAUCAGCUUCAUGCAUGCUUCUCUCUCCUUCACUCUCUACUGCUCCAAGCACCUGCAUAGCUCUAGCCUGAACAAAAAUGUAACAGUAUCCCAAAGUUCCAGGCUCAGCCUUCGCCCCGGGCGUAGCCCAAGCAAUCAGCUUCAUGCAUGCUUCUCUCUCCUUCACUCUCUACUGGUCCAAGCACCUGCAUAGCUCAAGCUUGAACAAAAAUGUAACAGUAUCCAAAAGUCCCAGGCUCAGCCUUCUCCCCGGGCAUAGCCCAACCAAUCAGCUUCAUGCAUGCUCCUCUCUCCUUCACUCUCUACUGCUCCAAGCACCUGCACAAAAAUGUAACAGUAUCCAAAAGUCCCAGGCUCAGCCUUCUCCCCGGGCGUAGUCCAACCAAUCAGCUUCAUGCAUCUUAUUUUACAGUUGACACACACAUGCUCACUGAUUCCUUGAAUGCUCCAACAGUAUCCACACUGUUUCUUUCCUUUUCAGGUCCAAGUUCUUAUGUUUUGUGUUUGUUUUCGAAAGUUCAGUGAAUUUUUUGCACUUCCUUUUAAAGAUUUUGGCAAAGUUUUCAUGGGGCCACAUGGUGUAAAGGUUUGAAUCUUGGAUUUGGUCCAUUUGGACUGUCAGCCUGAUGCCACACAGCCAUAUUGCUCCAGGAGAGCUAAUCAUUGAUGGGCAAUUCCUUCCCCUCUUUGGUCUUUCUGCCAAAGUUUCCUUAGAGUUCGGUGGUCCUUUGUCAGAAGUUACCGUCCUGCCCCUCAUCAGCCAUUGGAGAGUGGGAAUCUGCAUUGGGAGUGGGGAACACUCUCCCAUUGGCUGACGAAUGCCACAGUCCCGCCUCUGCAGGGAAUCCUCGUGACGUCAACAGAGCCUAGCCAAUCAUGGUGAAGCUGGUUCCAGCUGGGGUAGCAGCGAGAAUUUGAAUGGAUUGUAUAAAAAUGUCUAUUUUGCAAUGUAUGGUAUCUCCGCUUCCUUUGGUGGACUACCAUGAACUGGCAUCACUUCAACUGAAUUGAAUAAAAUACCUCAGUAGCUUCUUCAA